AUGUUAAUGGCAUCAAAUGAUUUACCUAAUGGAAAUCGGAAAAUGAUGGAAAAUGAUCAAGAAAGAAUCAACAAACAAAAACCAUUAUCUAAGCAAGAUUCAUUGAUAGGAAGGCCAUCAACUUCGCACCCAACCUUCGAAGAGCAUAUUCGUUCCAUUCCGGACAGAAUAUUUGAUAAGGAGGGGUCGUUGAUGAGUGUUACUUUGGACUCACUAAUCGAACUACUUAUUCCAAGUGGUAAUUACUCAAUUGAACAAUCAUACAUUUUUGCUGCUUUACUUAAUAUUCGUAUUUUCAUAUCACCACCAGAUUUGAUACAAAAAAUUUUACAGCAAUGUGUUUUCAAGCAGAAUGCUACUGGAGCAAAUUUUACAAAAGAAGGACGAACACGUACUUUCCGUCUUGAUCGAGCAGAAAGAUUCGAACGAGCUCUGAUAAAUAUUUCGUCAAGUGUGGCUCAAAUCAUGAAUAUUGACGAUAAUAACUAUAAAGGAUUAGUGGAAAUUUGUCCAAAUCCAACAACUUUAGCGCGGCAAAUAACACUUAUUGAAUUGGAGCGAUUCAGUAUGAUUGGUCCAGAUGAAAUUGUUUACGCUUCAAUGGAUGACGAUACUAAGAAAAGAUAUGGUAAUGGUACAAACAACAUAAAGUACUAUAUUGAUUGGUCUAACCGAUUGACAUAUCUUACGGCUACUGAAAUACUACGAUGCAGUAAAAGACAUUGUCGGAUACAUACCAUUGAGUAUUUCAUUGAUGUUGCUAAAGAAUGCAUCAAUAUUGGCAAUUUCAAUUCAUUUAUGGCUAUCGUAGCUGCUUUAUCGUUACCGCUUAUAGCAAGACUGAAAAAAACUUUACAGUGGAAUCGUGUUGAGAAAAGUAAACUUGACAUUCUGCGUCAUCAGUUCGACCCAACAGCAAACUUUGUUAGCUAUCGGUCAACUCUUAAAGCAGCAAUAUGGCGUUUUAAUAGUGCUCGAAAUGAAAGUGAUGCUAUUAUCAUACCAUUUUUUGGUCUUUUAAUCAAGGAUCUGUCAUUGCUGCAUCGUCAGUGUGCGCAAUUACUUCCAAAUGGGCACAUAAAUUUUAAGAUGUUCAGCCAAUUUGGUAGCGAAGUGUCAAAUUUUCUGAAGUGGAAAAAUCAUAAAUGUUUAUUUGAACGUGACACUCGCACUUUGCAUCAACUUCUUCUUUCUAGGACACUCACUGAAAAACAAUUAAUUAAAUUAUCAUAUAAUUGUGAAAUGGCCGAACAAACAGCAGAAAAGGAGCUGUACAGACGACUGAAAAAUGACAAUAACACUCAAUGA